AUGCCAAUCAUCUCCAAAGCUUCAUCUACCACCAAUUCAUCGAUUCCUUCGUGUUCUAGGAUUGGAGGUCAGCUUUGCGUGUGGCCCGGUUUGAGACAGCUUUGCCUCAGAAAAAGCUUAUUAUACGGAGUGAUGUGGUUACUAUCGAUGCCUUUGAAAACACUGCGUGGAGCCAGGAAAACCCUUAAAAUCACACAUUUUUGUAGCAUUUCCAACAUGCCGUCUUCGUUAAAAAUCGAACUGGUGCCAUGUAGUAAAGACAAUUAUGCUUAUCUAUUGCACGAUGAAGACACCGGCACCGUUGGAGUGGUUGAUCCUUCUGAGGCUGCACCGGUUAUAGAAGCAUUGAGCAGGAAAAACUGGAACUUGACUUACAUAUUGAAUACUCAUCAUCAUGAUGAUCACGUAGGGGGGAAUGCUGAACUGAAAGAAAGGUAUGGCGCAAAGGUGAUUGGAUCUGCUGUGGAUAAGGAUCGGAUUCCUGGGAUUGACAUACUUCUGAAGGAUAGUGAUAAGUGGAUGUUUGCAGGGCACGAGGUUCGGAUAAUUGACACUCCUGGCCACACACAAGGCCAUAUUAGCUUCUACUUUCCCGGGUCAGCCACAAUAUUCACAGGAGACCUGAUAUACAGCUUAUCCUGUGGAACGCUCUCAGAAGGUACCCCAGAGCAGAUGCUUUCAUCACUCCAAAAGAUCGUCUCUUUACCGGAUGAUACAAAUAUCUACUGCGGUCGUGAAAACACAGCAAGCAAUCUCAAGUUUGCACUAUCCGUAGAACCAAAGAACGAAACUCUUCAGUCCUAUGCAACCCGAGUGGCCCAUCUUCGUAGCCAGGGACUCCCAUCGAUUCCAACAACUGUCAAGGUCGAGAAGGCGUGUAAUCCGUUCCUCAGAACAUCAAACAAGGAAAUCCGAAGAUCUUUAAGCAUUCCAGACUCGGCAAACGAAGCCGAUGCAUUGCGUCGUAUAUACAGAGCCAGAGAUCGUUUCUGA